ACAAAAACACAGCUGGUCUAUGAUCUCCGAGAGAGGCAGCUGACGGUCGAACGUAGAAGAACACGACGAACGCUUUCGACGUGUGAUUUAUUCGCGUGUGUGUUUUCUUCUCCCUCUCUGACACAGUGUGGUGUGUAUCUCACCCGUCAUUAUUAUUAUACUCGGUCGUCGCGAAAAAAUAUAAUAUAUCUAUCAACGAAAGUUCUAAUUAAAAAAGAGAAAAAAAAAAUAACAAAAAGAAGAAGAAAAGGUUCAUUCCUUUUGAUUUAAGAGAGGUUAAGUAAGAGAAAUAAAAAUUUAUGAAUUUAUAUAGAUAGGAAUAGAAAGAGAAUUCCUCUUUUAGUGUCGAAGAAUCGAACGAACGAAGGAAGGAAAGAAAGAAAGAAAGAAAGAAAGAAAGAAGGAAAGAGAAAAACCAGUGAUAUAGUGAAUAUACGUUUUUAGUGUGUUUAAAUGUGUAUGAAGAAGCUCGUACGUUGUUCGUCGCGGUGUCGCCACGAGGGGAUCGUUUUUCGUCGUCGUCCCUGGGAUACAAAGGAGUCCAGGAACUUUUGGUUGUUGCUGAUUCUAUCCUCAACCCUAAGAAAUCAGGAACACCAGAACAUUAUGCAGUCGAACUCGUUGAACUCGUAAUAGUCGCCCCCUGGCCCAAUUUAAAGGGAAGAAAAAAGGUGAAGAAAAAAAAAAGAAAGAAAAAGGAAAAAUUUAGAAGAGGAAUAACAAGUAUUCGGGGGAAGGUAACGAUAGAUGAUACAAAAAAUGGCAUCCACCAGUGGACACAAAAGGAACGGCUCAAGUUCGAGCAUGUUCGCACACAAACGUACCGAAUCCGGUGGUGGUUUUAUCGGACACAAACGUUCUGAAAGCGGUCACAAACGGGCCGAAAGCAUAUCCAGUGCCUUUGGCCAUAAACGUUCCGAAAGUGGCCACAAAAGGAAUGAAAGUGGCGGUGGUUUUGGCCAUAAGAGUGCGAAAAUAACUUUCAGGUCCGAGUCGGGUAGCAAUUAUCAUGCGGGACAUAGACGGAACGAGAGCAUGUAUGCCAUGACAGGAUUGUAUGCCGAAAGUACUGGCACGGGAACCGAUGAAAACACAGAUCCUCUGCAACCAAGUGGUAGCAGAUUGACUCAUGAUACCGUAAUAAGGUGUCAUAGUAGAAAUCCAAGUUCCGGUCUUGUGGAUCAUAGAGAUUUCAUUAUCAAAUGUCACAGCAGGAAUCCCAGUGCUUCCAUGGUGGACAGGACCGAAAAAGAAAGGGCCCAAACUCCACCGUUCAAUCCAGAUUUAAAGGACUGCGGAAUUCUCAGCUGUAGGCCCGCCUUCAUUCAAAAAUUUGCCGGAAUAAAGGUGUUCGUGUUCCUCCUUUCAUUCCUCGUAACACUGCAACAAGCUCUUAGUUCUGGUUAUAUCAAUUCUGUGAUCACAACCAUAGAAAAAAGGUUUGAAAUCCCGUCCAGCCUUUCGGGCCUCAUAGCCAGUUCAUACGAAAUAGGCAAUGUCAUUACCGUCAUAUUUGUGAGCUAUCUCGGUAGUCGCAGACAUAUUCCUGUUUGGAUAGCAAUUGGUGCUGUUAUCAUGGGAUUGGGAUCGAUGAUCUUUAUGGUACCACAUUUUACCGCAGAGCCUAAUUUAACAACUAAUUCAAACAAUUCGAGCUCGGAUAAUAUUUGUCGUGGCAUAUCGUUGCGCGAACAAGACAUGGGACUUGGACGAUUGUCAUCGGGUUUAUCAUCGCCGCAUAACAAUUUGAGGGGAGAUAAUUGCAUACAAGGAUCACCAUCAAAUGCCGGUCCUGUUACGCUCUUUUUGCUUGCUCAAUUGUUGUUAGGUUGCGGUGGUUCUCCUCUAUUUACUCUUGGUACCACUUACAUAGAUGAUCAUGUGAGACCGGAGAGUGCUUCUUUGUACAUCGGUUGUAUGUACAGUAUGGCCGCAUUUGGACCAGUCUUAGGGUUUCUUCUUGGAGCAUAUCUCUUGUCAUUUCACAUGGACUCUUUCUCUGGGACAAUUAUUAGUAUCGAUCCUGGUGAUCAUCGAUGGGUUGGCAUGUGGUGGGGCGGAUUCUUACUCUGCGGUUUAUUACUGAUAAUGGUGGCAAUACCGUUCUUCAGUUUUCCUAAAACACUGCAACACGAGAAAGAGAAAAUAAGGAUUAUCGAGAAAAACAAGCCUACUUCUCAGAAAGAGAAAGAACAAUCCAAGGAACCUAAGAAGGAGAAAUUGGAUGAUACUGGAUAUGGUAAAGAUGUGAAAGAUAUUCCACGAAGCAUGUGGAGACUCGUUUGUAAUCCAGUAUACGUGGUGACCUGUUUGGGUGCUUGUAUGGAACUAGUAAUCGUCUCGGGCUUUGUCGUCUUUCUACCAAAAUAUCUUGAGACGCAAUUUAGCCUGGGUAAAAGUCAAGCUAGCAUUUUUACCGGUUCUAUAGCUAUACCGGGUGCUUGCAUUGGUAUCUUCUUUGGUGGAUGUUUACUUAAACGAUUGGAACUGAGACCGAAGGGGGCAGUUCAAUUUGUUCUUGUCUCUAACAUAAUAUGUUUAGUUUGUUACGGUCUUCUAUUUUUCUUGGGUUGCGACAAUGUUAAAAUGGCCGGGACCACUAUACCGUACUUUAACAGCAGCACAAAAGGUCCAGAACCUUUCCAAGUAAAUCUCACUGCCGCAUGCAACUUCGGUUGUGAAUGUCGAAUGACCGACGUUGAGCCGGUCUGCGGAAAUAAUGGCCUGACGUACUUCAGUCCUUGUCACGCUGGAUGUACAGCCUUCAGUUCGAAGUCUAACUUUACGAAUUGUGCAUGUAUACAUGGUAAUUUAACUAUGCUGCCACCAGCAGCACCAGAAUUUGCCGAAGUAACCGUAGUACCAGUAGCAACUGCUGGUCCGUGUAUUUCACCCUGCAGAACAAUAUUUCCAUUUUUAAUUCUUCUCUUUUUCAUGACGUUUAUCGUGGCGGUAACUCAAAUGCCUUUGUUAAUGAUAGUUUUAAGAUCUGUAUCGGAGGAAGAACGAUCGUUCGCACUUGGUAUGCAAUUCGUAAUCUUCAGACUGUUCGGUUAUAUACCAGCACCUAUUCUUUUUGGUAAUUUAAUAGAUUCAACAUGUUUAUUAUGGAAGAGUACUUGUGGCGAAAAAGGUGGCCGAUGUCUCUUAUACGAUAUUGAACAAUUUAGAUAUAGGUAUGUUGGUCUUUGCGCUGGCAUUAAAAUCUUGGCACUAGCAUUGUUUUUGGUUGAUUGGUGGCUCGUAAGGAGGAGAAGACAAAUGGAGGAUCAGGCUCCUUCCUUUACUGUCAAUGAAUUCGUAGGAUCAAUUAUUAGUCUCGAUAAAUUAUUUGAGGAAAAACCUCAUCAACAUAAUUUAGGGGACGGGGAUGUGAACUCACCAAGUUCCGAAGGAUUAACGCCAUCCUCUAUUUCUUCACCUACGGAGCCUACGAAAUCGACAAAUCUCGAGGAAACAGAAUCUUCUAAUCAUACGCAAGACUCUAAUGAAACAGCAAAUCGUAUGACGAAAAACAUGAUGGACGUCGAUGUACCGGAUACGAGGCAAACAGUACCACCAUUACCACUUGCCAUGCACGAGCAGGAAGUUAAUACGAAGCCCACUACGAUGGGUAAAUCAGAAAAUCGCGAUCAGAAUGUUUAAUGUUUAUUUCGAAUUAGGAAUUAUUAUAUAAAUAAAUCAAUCGAAUUGGUGAUAUGUAAAUUUGUGACAAAUUAUUAGAUAAUUCAUUGUAAAUAAUAUAAUCUAUUUGAUUGUUGAUGAGAUAAAAAAAAAAAAAAACGUGCACUAAUCUUAUACAGUCAUAGAAUCGAUAUGUAUACGACUGUCGCACUCGAUAAUAAUUAUUAUUGGUCAAUGUAUCCUUGCGGUGCUCGCGUAAAUAUCUUUCGAUGAAAAUAAAUAUAUAAACGGGAUAGAACGAAACUUACACAGUCAAUAUUUUUUCCGUUAACAUGCUCGAUAGAAAUAAUAGAAAUAUAUAUAUAUGUCAUAUAUAUUGGAUUAGUUUUCUAUAUAUAUAUAUUCAUAUAAUGCACAUAAUAAUGCAUACAUAGUUAUUUAAACAUUAAACUCUUGUAUUUGAUGAAGAAGAAAAAAAGAAUAAGAAUGCCGUUUAUCUUCCGUAAUAAUUUGUCACAAAUUUCAUUAAAUGGGUUUAGAUAUUACAACAAGUAAAAAAAAUGAUAUCAGUAAGUGUACAUUUUUAUGGCAUUGCGAUUUGUAAAUAGAUUUAACGAUAGGUUGUGUACGACUCAUUUAAAGAGUACUACAGUACUUCGAGACUAUACCGUUAUUGUAUGGCUGAAUCUAUACAAUUUUUACUCUAAACGAUACGUUUUAAAAGAAACGGUAGUAGCACAAGAUAAGGCUAAAAUGAUUUUUAUGUACACGGAGAUAUACGAUGUUAUUUAUCAUCAUCUUUGGUACAAGUUUCAAGUAACGAGUCUUGAUUGCGACUGCAGUUAAAUAAAAACAAAAAGGGAGAAAAAGAAAAAGAAACAAAAAAAUAAGAAGAAGAAGAAGAAGGCCAACGCUAAGACGAAAUUGUAAAUAUAAAAAUCCUGCCUUAAGAAAUACAAGACUAGACAAAAAAACUUAAAGUUUAAAUAUAAAUAAUUAACUAAGUUAACGAAAACUAAUGAUCUAUAUAUAUAUAUAUAAACAUUAUAUUAUCCGCAGAUCAAGAGCUGAGAUUUAUUUUAUAACUAGAUUUAGGCUUUCUCACAAAAAAAGUAGUCAAUUUAGAAAUAGCGAAAGAGUAAAUAAAAGAAAAAUAAUAGAAGAGAAAAAUCAUAUAGUUGAAAAACAAUAGGAAAAUAAUUGAAUGGUGUAGUUAGAAGUUUAUCUUAUCCUUUUAUUCAUAGAUAUUAUAUUAUAUACACACACGAUCAUAAUCCCACACGCUUUGAAAAGAGCGGCACGUGAUCUCCGACGAUUCAUUUCUUCGGCUUUUUAAGUAAAUGUAUUUUAACGAAUCUCUCAAAGUAUAAAAUAUCACUUGCGGAAAUAGGAAAAAGGCUUUCGUGGAAAAGAUCUUUUUUUUCUUGUUUUUGUUUUUUCCAAUACGAUGAUACUUGUAUCGAUAAUUAUAAGAAUGGACUAUAAAAGUAUAAGAAAAAAUGAAAAUUGGAAAAAUUUAUUUUAUCAUUUAUUUUACAAUAUAUCAAUAAUUGCAAUAUGAAAUACAUGAUGGAAUAGAUUUUUUCAAUUUUGUUUACUUACAUUAAGUCCAUUGGUCAUUAUUACCUGACACACAUUUAUCGACACAGUAUUUUAUAUAAAUAAAAAUGAAUGCUUCCAAGCAACGAGAAUCUAUUUAUCAGUUCUCCGCACGUUAAACACGAUCGGAUUUUAAUAUCAAUCUAUGGGACCUUACUGUCUCCGAUAUAAUAAGUUUUUGGCUUCGAUGCAAUUAGCUUGCUCGUCACGAGGAUGCUACUAGUUUUGUACCUGAAAGCCUCUCGAAUCAAUUUCGAUGUAUAAAAGAAUAAAAAAAAAAACACAAAUGAUAAUGAUGAAGAUAAAUAAGAAAAAGAAGAAGAAA